CCAACGUCCCACCAAUGGGUGUUAGUGGGAUCUCAUUGUGACUUGGCAGCCAGACUGGAGAAGAACCGACUCGAAUUUACGUCCCGGAGGAAGUUCGGCCCAAAACGCGGUGUUUUCCGGCUUUCGUUGGCUUUCUUCUCCCUGUGUGGAUACUCGAGUUGCUCAACAGAUCCCGGUGCGUAAUUACGCACAGAGUCACAGUCGCGGCGGUGUUGGCUGGGGCUGGCUGGGGAAAGCCGCGGACAAAGGGAAGCAGGCUGGACUCCAACUGAGAAGAGAGGACUCCUUUCGGAAGAAAAACGAGGAGUCGGAAGUCAUUUUCCCCCCCGAUUCGCGGAAAAAUACAAGUUGGAGCGUUUUGCAGGAAAACAAUUUGGACUUGAGUGAAAAGGCUUUUUGCAUUCACUUCUAAUUUGAAGAUCCUCGGAGCAUGGGAGGAGUUGCCUUCCAGCAAUAAAAUGUACCCGCUACACCGAGAGAGGGAGCAGCCCAUCUUCAGCGCCCGAGCUCACGUUUUCCAGAUCGACCCGGCUACGAAACGCAACUGGCUGCCGGCCAGUAAGCAUGCGGUCACCGUGUCCUUCUUCUACGAUGCCAGCCGCAACGUCUACCGCAUCAUCAGUGUGGGCGGGACGAAAGCCAUCAUCAACAGCACCAUCACCCCUAACAUGACCUUCACCAAAACCUCCCAGAAGUUUGGUCAAUGGGCUGACAGCCGGGCCAACACCGUUUACGGCCUUGGCUUUUCCACAGAGCAGCAGCUGCAGCAGUUUGCAGAACAAUUCAAGGAGGUGAAGGAAGCGGCCCGGCUGGCCAGAGAGAAAUCUCAGGAGAGGUACGAACUGGCCAACCCUGCUCUCAACAUCGCCGCCCCACAGCUGUCUCAGGAGCUGUCGGACGACCGUCAUUCCCCGCCGCUGCUGACAGUUAACGGUCCCGGGGAGGAAAAGCUGUUUCGAAGUAAAAGUGCAGAAGUGGAGCUGACAGUGGAGAAGGAGAGAGUCAAGAAGAUGUUGUCUGAAGGGUCCAUGUGUGAAAUCAACCUUGAGGCAGAGCUCUUCACCUUACAGGACAGUAACGCCAAGCUGGUGGCAGCGCUGCAGGAAGCCAACGUCAGCGUGGAGCAAUGGAAGCAGCAGUUGGCCGAGUACCAGGAGGAGACGGAUCGCCUUAGAGACCAGGUGGCAGAAUUGGAGACACAGCUUGGCCAUCCUGCUGCUGCUGCUCACACUGAUAAGGAGGAGCUUAGCCGCUCACUGGAAGAGCUGGAAGCUCUGCUUAGUGCCAAAGACCAGGAAAUACACAGUCUACAGAGCAAGAGAACUGAUGUGGGGGAGCUGGAGAGGGAAAGAGAAGAGGCCAUUCAGAGACUCCAGGAACUAGAGAGACGAAACACAGAGCUGGAGGCUCAAAUCAAGAGCACCGAAAAGACGCUGGCCUUCAGCAGGGAAGAACAAAAAAAGGCAGAGGUGGACGUCCGGCAUUUCCUCGAGGCCCUCGACGUCAAAAUAUGCGACCUGAGUGACUUGAGACAAAGUCUGGCAAACCUUGUUGAUAAGUAAUCCCGACUGAAGAAGUCCGGGUGCAUCUCCACAGUCAAGGCGCAUUUCCUCCUCCACUCUAGUCUCAUUUGUAUUUGGCCGACGCAGCAGAUCUUAAUAAAAUCAUUGUGUGCAAGAGAAACCUCUUCUAGGUGCAAUGCGCACAAGGAAGCAUCUGGGCUUUAUAUUACACCAUGAGCAAAUUUAUAGCACAUUGAGAACAAAAUUUAGUGGAAUAAAACUAAAUACUGCUUAGCAUAUGCAUUUUUUUUUUUUUUUCAAAAACAAAUUAGUUUCCAGACACAUUAUGGGCCUAUCACAAUAGUUGGUUUAUAGACAAUAAUAUUUAUUUUUUGCAAUGCAUCACAUUUCUAGUUCUGAUUUCGGAAUGACUUCCAUUGUCCUCAACUGUGGAAAAUGCACCCGAUUGGCAGUAGGUCAGGGAAGGGACAAACGGAUAUCAAAUAGAUAUCAAAAGCCUGAUUACAAGUCAGCCACAGUUCAGCAUCAGCAGCCAGACGCUCCAUCUAUCUGCGGACCACCAACAUGCAUUAUUCCCUCACUUAGUUCCCCGCUCUCCACCUCGUCUAUUAUUCAAGUCGACCCGUGGCGUGAGCUUAGAAAUUGAAACACGAGCAAUCUCACAACCAGAGUUGCACUUGAUUAUUUGUGCCAAGUUGGACUUUGUUUACACGUCAGUAUUGCAGUGGUUAGUUUUAGCAUCAGUAAGUGCUAAAAGCUUUUUAGGAGAGAGCACUGCAAGAUCUCUGCAGUACCAAGUAAUGUGAAAUGAUGGAAGUGACUGAUUGAUACAAGCACAAGUGCAGUCGAUUUCCUAAAUGGGUACUUAACUGAGCGGCCUGUCAGCUUUGUGAAACUGAUGCAUAAAAAAAAAAAAAAAAGCUUCGUAUCGCCUCGUUUUUAUGUAAUCUGGGUACAAAAAAAAGCGCAGGCUAUCAGCACAGCUCACCAUUUAACUUGCUUUAAUUGUGUUUUAAACGGCCUUGUCACAAAUCUAGAACUUUGUUUUAUAGACGAGUUUAUAUACGAAUUUCUGCUCCACCAUGAUUUUAGCAGAGUCGACUAAAUCGGACCUCAGAAGCCUUCUUGAAUUAGCAAUAACAUUUCAUGUUUGUGUUUUUUACAUUUUGGGUUUUGGAAAAAACUUUGUUCACCUUGGCAUAACUGCAGUGGUCCCCAACCUUUUUUGCGUGUCAGAAAUAUUUUUGUGGACCGGCCUUUAUAUCAAUAAAUAAUACAUUGAUAUCAAUAAAUAAUACAUUUAUCAUAAAUAUAUAAAUUGGAUGAAAUAAAAAUGAUACGACUGGCAUAAAAACAAGUAUCAACAACAUGAAAAUAAAACUCACCAUUCCGUUGAAUUAGUGGGAGCGUCAUCGUAAUCGGAGACAAUGACACCCACCCCAAGGCUGGCUCCAUGUGCCCAAGCACUUUUGAAGGCUUCAUUGCCGCCAUACUAUGCAGACUUGGUGUGUCAGUCACCUGUGGCGGUGAUAAAUCCAUAUUUAAAGUAGGACUUUGUUUUAAAUGCAGCUUUUACUUUUCUUAGAAAUCGUAGCCUCUUCUUCUUCCGUCUCCUUAUAUCCGUUUCUUGCUCAUUUUUGCAAGCUUCGCGGGCUCGACUGGUGGGGACGAGCUCCUUGACCUGUGUCAAGAGACGCAGCUGCACUGACGGAUGUAAUUGGGAGAUAAUCGCCAUUUUUUUUUUACAUUUUUCAGAAUAAAUUCUUACUCAUUUUUGCUAGCUUUGCAGGCUCGACUGGGGAAACCUGUUGCAUGACCAGGACGAGUGUCUUGACCUGAAUUAACUGAUAGUCGAUUAAAAAAAUAUUUUUUAUUUUCUGUGCGGCUUGGCGGCCCGGUACCAGUCCGCGGACCAGGGGUUGGGGACCCCUGUACUACUGCAUUCAUUCAGCGUGAUUUAAAAAUAUCGAAUCAGCUCCUCAUCCUGAGCACUGCAGUUUAGAACACUUAAUAGCACAAAAGCCUAUUCAGGUAUAUUUUUCAAAUUGAGUUUAUCUUCCACUCAAUCUUCUUCUCCGUGUUGGCUAAGUUUAUAAUCACUUUUGACCAAUCACUUUCACUUGUGACAUUCUUUACAAAAAAGUACACAAUAUUGCAUUCGGGUUGUUUGCUUGUAUACACCCAAGGUUGACUCCACCUCAUAUUUGACUUCUGAUGAUUCCAUUGUGGCAAUGGCAAACUGGUAACACGAGAUCAAAAAUGAGAAUUUGCUUUUUACAGACUUGUCUUGCUAAGCAGUGCAACACCUGAAGCACAAGUGUCACCACCUAAAAUGGAAUUUUCCAUUCCACCUUCAUAGUAAAGGACAGAAUUCUGUUCACUUGUUACAACUGCAUUUUAUUCAAUUUAUACGUUCGAGUAAAUAGUUCUGUUCCUAAGCAUUGGUAGAUUUAAAAAAAUGAUUCAAUUCAAGCUGUUUGUGAGAUAAAAUUGCUUAUAUUUGUAGAAGUCGUAUUAAAACUUUUGACCGUU